AUGACUAAUUCAGCUCAAACUAAUUCCAAUUCAAUAUAUAUAAAUAAUAAUAUUCAAAAAAUUAACAAUGAUCUUACAUCAUGUUCACAAAUUCUUCAUAAUUCUAAUAUCAUUAUAGAUGAUACUGUCAAUAACAGUGAUGGUAACCAUAGCAACAACAACAACAAUAAUAAUAAUGAUAAUAAUAAUAAUAACUAUGGCCAUUUUCAACAAUCUAAAAGUCCAAAUGAAUUAGAUAAAACUACAAUAAUGAAUGAAAUAUCAUGUGAUAAUUAUGAAAAUAGAACAAAUUUAAUUGUGAAUUAUUUACCUCAAACAAUGUCACAAGAAGAAAUGAGAAUAUUAUUUUCAAAAAUUGGAAAAUUAGCCAGUUGUAAAUUAAUACGUGAUAAAUUAACAGGUCAAAGUUUGGGUUAUGGAUUUGUGAAUUAUGUAGAUGCUUCCGAUGCUGAACGAGCGAUACGUGCACUUAACAAAAUGAGACUACAAAAUAAAACAAUCAAGGUUUCUCUAGCUCGACCCAGUUGUGAAUCAAUUAAAGGUGCAAAUUUGUACAUUUGUGGUCUACCAAAAUUUAUGACUGAAUCUGAUUUGGAAAAAUUAUUUCAUCCAUGUGGGAAAAUUAUCACUUCAAUAAUUCUUUUUGAUAAUAAUACUGGUUAA